AUGGAAUGUCGCACGUGGCGCGCAGAUAACCUGGAGUACCUUGCGCUGCUCGGGGACAUUGGCUACACCAAGGACGCCGGUUUGAUCGAAUUUCUCCGAAAACCCCUGGCUAAAUUCAAAACCAUCUUCUAUGUGCUCGGUAACCAUGAGCCAUACCACUCGUCUUAUGCAGCUAGCAAGCAACAUCUUCUUACACUCCAGGCUGAAACUGAACAACAAGCAAGUGCGAAGUUCGUCCUCCUUGACCAAACGCGGUACGAUCUCUCGUCAACGGUGUCUAUUCUCAGCUGCACGCUCUUUUCCAAUAUCACAGCUGCUCAAAAAGACUUUGUCAAUUUUGGACUCAAUGAUUUCUACCACAUUGAGAAUUGGACCGUGGAGGAGCAUGUGCAGAAGCACAAAUCCGAGCUUCGUUGGCUCAACGCUGAAGUUAAAAAACUCAUGCAAGGAUCGGACCGCAAGAUCAUUAUCAUGUCACACUACUCUCCGACCGAUGAUGCGCGUGCUAUCGAUCCCAAACACAAGAGCAGUACUAUCUCAUCUGGCUUCAUGACUGAUCUGUCCUAG